AUGUCAAGUCCAACGCCACACGAAGACCAGCUGCCGGCUUUGAGCCCAACAUCUACCAACGCAUCUUUGCCGGCCCUUAGUCCAACGUCCACCAACACAUCUUCAGCGGACCACGAACAACAAAGGAAUACACCUAGCAAGCGGAUACUGUCGUGUAUUCUCUGUCAACAAAGAAAAAAGAAAUGCGAUAAGAAGACUCCAUGUUCAAAUUGCACCAGGCUCGGUGCAGUUUGUACUCCUAGCAAACCAGCUACGCCGAGGAAGCGUAGACGUCCAAACCAGGAGCUGUUGGAAAGACUUUCCAGAUGUGAAGAGUUACUGAGGCAUUGCACUUGCGCAAGGCUUCCGACGCCUGAAAGUGUGCUUGAUCAGUUUCAGCAGUUACCUGUCCAUUCAGAGGAAAAGAAGAGCCUUGGCCAAGAGAUGUCGUCAAAAGAGACCAAUUAA